UUGGUGCGUUUAUAAAAAAAAAAAAUAUGGCGGCCGUGAUCGAAGCACGCGAAAAACAACUCAGAAAAAUCGAGAGUUUCGUGAAUAAGACAGAGAAAAGUUUAAAUUCUUUGUUAUCAAGCUUAAACUGGACAAAGGAACGAAUACUGAAAAAGGUGAACUAUGUCACCUGCCCGUUUGAUCCUGGACAUAAGAUGCCCCAGUCAUCUUUGGAAAAGCACGUUGAAUUGUGCUCUUGGCUCCGCGAUGGUUACAGCAGAUCCGAUAAGGAAAAGGAACUGCCCAGCUCCGAUUUCUUCUACAAAAAUUCCACCUCGGUUGUUCCUGUACACAUAGAUAGGGAAACACAGCAGAAGAUACUUACUCAAGCUGCAUUCAGGGGCGACGUUCCUGCCGAAGCAUGCCAGCAAGUGAAAGACGUGCCACGUACGAUGGAGCGAUGCUUUGCGGAGUUCACGCCUUCGGAGAGGUUCGCAAUCUACGACUACGUGGUGGAGUGCGCAAGGGCCGCCAACAGGGGCGCCACCAUCCGACUCGAGGACCUCCAGGUCGACUUUGAAAAGAAACCGAACGCGGAUGGUGAGCACACUCCCAGCCAUUUGGAGAUAAAGUCCCAGAUGAGAGACUACAAGCGUCGCAGGCAGUCGUACAAGGGGAAGAAUGUCCACAUCACUCGCAAGAGUUACACUGAGGUAAUGAAAGAAGUCAUUGAAAACCAGACAGAAUAUCUGAAGCAGACGAUGUCGGUGAAGGGCGAAAACGACCAGAGGGAACCGUCGGAGAGGGUAAGAUCCAGAACUCCCGAGCAAUCUCCGCCGCCUCCUGACGACGAAGAGAUGCAGAUGCACAAACGGAGGCGUAGCCGUUCUCCGCAGCAAUCAAGGGAAGAGAGGCGUUCCCACAAGCACAGGUCCAGGGACAGAGAGCACAAAAAGAGGAGCCACAAGCACCACAAAAAGCACAAGAAACGCUCCACCGAGGACUGACGGAGUCCCGAGGGGCGAAUCCUUGAACGAUGACAAAUCCUUUUCGUCUUUGUACUUCCAAAGACAUACAUUUGAAUUGCACCGUGUUGUAUUCGGUGAUAUCUGUCCUCCCACUAAGGAAGGUAUGUUAGCAAACACCGUGCAGAAAAUGGCUCAAAGCAAACUGCUACUGCAUGAUCACAUUUUAUUGUAUCAACAUUUGGUGUACAAAAAUCUCCGUCACCACACACGGUCACGGUUGGUCACAGCCCCGAUGAGUGCAGCAGUAGUACCAAGAUACAGCAAAGUGUGUGCCGCCUUUCGUGCGGUGAAGCUGAACCACCUCAGCUCGUCACCGUCGCAGCACUGAAGUAGAAGCUGCACCAUUUACAUAGUGGGGGACUUGUAUGACAACAUGACUGGCACUUUAUUCCUGUACACGGAGCAAGAGUGCGCUCAGCUGUACUGCAUAGCAGUACUGCCAAAUUUGUAAAAACAAUAUGUACCAUAAAGUUUAGUGGACUUCUGUAGAAGUCUGAUAACAAUGUCCAUAAUGGAAAUUGGAUCAGAGAAAGAAUGUCAGUGUUGCCACUUUUUUUGGUCCAGAAAUUGGGCAGGAACUUGCCAAAUUUUGAGACAGUAUUAUUUUAUCUAAUUUGUCGAGCUAUGUGUAAAAUUCAGUCACUCAUUACAUUAAUAUGUGUGACUCGUUCAUAGUUCUUUGGAUGCUCCAGCAGGUGUGUAGUUUACAAGCCUAACCAAGAUUUCUUUCAUCUUUCAUCAGCAUCUUUUAAAAUGUUCGGUUAACUUUAUUUGGCAACGCUGCUGUAUAACCCCCAACACGCUGUGCAUACUACUUCCACCCUGAGGCGGCAGCAUGUCCAUUAUCCAAGCAAAAAAAAGGUUGGGCCACUCGGAAAUCUUGUCCAUUUCUUGCUCCACAAACAUAACCUGACAUCGUACAAAAUGUUCACAACGGGCUGCACUCGACAGUGAAAUAAACGUAUGUGUACACAACACUGCUUGCACGAGACAAUCUUCCGGGUAAGACUACAAAUUAGAGGUGUGCGAAUAUUCGAAAUUUCGAAUACAAAUCCAAUAUUCGCGAUAUUCGAUUCCUAUUCGAACAUUUGAUAUUCGAAGUUUUCGAAUAUACGUAAAAGAUGGAAUAUUCAAAUUUUUUUAAAAUAUCAUAGGAGACUCCAAACGCUGCUGCGGGCUGCACGCUGGAAUUCCUACGUAGCGGCAACGAACAUGAAUAGUAGAACAGCUGUAAAGCGACGCGCGGAGCUUUCGAGGCACGAUUAUCUGCGAAUGCAUCGCGACACAUUCGGUAACCGAAACCGAAACUAGUACACAGUUGUGCGCAGCCACCAUUAUAGUCUGCCCCUGCCAAACGCGAAACUGUGGUACGCUUCAUGCAUCGUCAGCGCAGUCGCGACUUCAGUGGAUUGCCAACAAACUCUUAACGUCCGUGUUAGGCCAACAGUUUGGUGAAAUUGCGGUUAAAAACCUAGAUUUUGUUGGUGUUGAGCUGAACACCGCUGUUCACCUUGCCACUGCAUGAGUCAAAACCCACGUCUCGAACACGGUUUUUCCGGUUCCUGCUUGUGGAAGUCAGCGAUAUACAAAAAAAUCGUGGUCGUGUGCGAUGACGGCGAAAAUCGAGGAGUAGGACGUGACGACAUUUCAUGGCGUGAUUUUGCUCGCGACUCUCGCGCGUUGGCGCGACAAAGUUUUGAGACGCGUACGCAGAUUUUUGCAGUGAAAUGAAAGGAGCACUGAACAGGAAUGUGGCGGAGGCGCACACGCAACAUCGGCGAGGAUCGCGGUUUUACUGCGAUAAUAAAUUAGGCUUUUCUAAACUAUGCAGUUCUUGCCUACACGACAAAUGCGGAAGGCAUUGUCAGUGCAGGAAGAGAGCACUUGUUACGUUCGUUUUCCUUCUAAGAUGUGCUCAUCAGUAAACCAUCACAUAUUCUGAACAUGCCCUGGACUUCCAUUCUGUCUGUUUUCACCAGCAUGCCAAUUGCCAACAUAGGUAUUCACUGUCCAUGAAACAUUUUUGAAGUAAAAGUAGUUUCUACAGUUUCCAGCUUGCUUCAUGAGAACAGCGCAUCGUUUCACUGUAAAAAUCUUCUGACUGUACAUGUGCAUAUAGGCACGUUUGCCUUCUGCGAAGCCUGUACAUUAGUACAUAUUCCUUAGCACUUUUCAAGUGCAUGUCCUGGGGCAUUUUUCUAAGGAUCAGCAGAACAGAAUUGUGACCAUGCUAGUCUUUAGAAGCCUUUAUCCUAUGACGGGAUAUUCGAUUCGAUAUUCGUAUUCGAAAAUUUCAAUGUUCGCACACUUCUACUACAAAUCUAAAAUAUACAGCACAUAAUCCUCGUUCUCUGCCUUGUUCUUAUCAGUAGUCAGGUACAAUAAUCCAGUUCAAUGACAGAUGGACUAGAAGUGGCCAGGAAACCGCCUCUCCACCCAGCUGUGUACACUCUUCAGCCAGAGUCACGUAAUGAAGGACUCAGCAAAAGAUAAUGACGACACCCGGCCACCAUUUUGCUCACAGAAAAUGAUCUGCAUGUUGUCUAGUCUGUGUAAAAGUGACCCGCAUAUAUCUGCCUUCGGUAGUUCAGCACCUUCUUCGUGCAACCUUCUCAAGUAAGGGAAACGUGGUGGUCUCCAAAGGUGUUCACGUGGCCGCUUUUUCGCCCCAGAAAUGGCACCAGGUCGAGUGCCACGGACUGUGUCGUGCCGAGGUACAUUGCCAAUGUGAGAAUGGGGAAAGCCUUUGAGACAGUUUGUGUGAUGCAAAAUCCAAGACCGCGUAGCAAUUUCAAAUGCUGCUCAAAUUCACUGCUAAUGGCUCUAUCACAAGAUUGGGAAAGCUAGAAAUUGUAUGACAGCUUGGAAGCUGUGCCGCCGUCCAGGUGUGCAGAGCCAGAUCUACGAUUUAGCCGCCCGUGGUUCGAAACUUAGAGCACUUUCCCGCAGCUUUCCCGCUCUGCAGUAUGGGAAAAAGAAGAAAGAGGCUGGUAAAACACAUUUUGUUCUUGUUGUUGUUGUGCCUCCUUGUUUGGCAGAUUUUGAAAAUGCACGUUGAUCUAGUUUGAUUCUCAGUUCUAUAAACCGCCGGGAUACUGUUCACCGUUUGAUUGAAUACAAAAUGCGUGGGGCAGAUCAUAAUAUAGCACUGAGAGUGUAGUCAUGAAGUAUGCAGGAUGCUUGUCGCUGAAAUACCCAGUGUGUCUUACUCUUUCCUGUAAAUGAUAUACUGAAAUUAGAAAACGUGCAACUAACCUACUGGUACUUAAAAAAAUAAUAAAUAAAUAAACGGUUGUGCAGA